AGGGCAUAUGUAUCGUGCACCAGAAUACACAAAAGAGAGAAGAGAUUGUAAAAUCUUGAAAAGUCUCUUUCUCUUCUCUCCCAUUCAGUUAAAAACUUGAUCUGCUCUCGUCGACAACCACAAUGGCGACCGAAAUUCUUAAAAUCACAGACGACGACGACGACGACGACGUCUCCAUCCUCUACUCCACGCCGCCGCCCUUCAAGAGCGGCGCCACCAAAUCGGAGGCCAUCUCCGUCGAUGACUACCGCACGCGCAGCGCCAAAAUCAUCGACCUAUCUGAAUUCGACGACGUCGUCGAAAUCCCCGCCUCCUCCUACACCAAGCGGAGGCGCUUCUACAAGGGCGAGUCUUCGAACUCGAAGCGCGACGACGUCGUUCUCCGCCUCUCCUUCACCUGCGAAAUCUGCGCCGACGAGAAACCCGUGAGCGACUCCUUCGGCGUCCUCGGCUGCGAUCACUGCUACUGCACGCGGUGCGUGUCGAAUUACGUGGCGGCGAAGCUGCAGGAGAACAUCACCGCCGUCGGCUGCCCGGUCCCCGGCUGCGCCGGGUUCCUGGAGCCGCAGCACUGCCGCACGAUUCUCCCGAAGGAGGUGUUCGAGCGGUGGGGCGACGCGCUCUGCGAGGCGCUGAUUUUGGGAGCGGAGAAGUUUUACUGUCCGUACAAGGACUGCUCCGCCUUGCUGAUCGACGAUGGGAGUCAGAAGGUGGUGCAGUCGGAGUGCCCCGAGUGCCGGCGGCUCUUCUGCGCUCCGUGCAAGGCGGCGUGGCACUCAGGGAUCCAAUGCAGCGAGUUUCAGCAGCUGAGGGCGGAUGAGAGGAGCAAUGAGGAUAUAAUGCUUCUCAAUCUUGCUAAGAAUAAGAAAUGGAUAAGGUGCCCCAGUUGCCGAUUCUAUGUCUCCAAAAGUGAAGGUUGCUUGUACAUGCGCUGCAGGUGUGGAUAUAGUUUUUGUUACAACUGCGGAGCUCAGAUGGAGAAACAUCUUCACUACUGCAAGAAGUGCAGGCACUGAGACUGAGAUUGAUUGGCGUUGUAAGUUUUGUAAUGAGAUGUACAUAUAACCCCCACUAUUUGAUGUGAGAGAGAGAGAGAGGGGCUUGGCUAGUCUUUGUUGACGCUGCUGUCUGUCAACACUAGUGAAGGAUAAGACAUGAGACUAGGCAUUUUGCUUUUCACUAGAUUUUCAUGCUGCCCCUUUUCAAACUCUACUUUGACUUAUUAUGGUUUAUGCUAAUAUAAGCUUAGCUGGAUGGUUCCAUUGGAUUUAAAAUGUCACUCAAUGGCAUUAGGUUUCUUCUCUUAAA